CUGCUCUCUCUCUCUGUUCCGUCUUUCUGAAAAAGUAUAAAUCCUCAAAACCCCAGCAGCUCAGAAUCACCCAAAGGGUCAGUCACAGGGAGUUUGCUAGUGGCAAAGGUUGCUAAUGGAGUCCAGCAGCUCCAAGGGAGAAGAGGGAUUAGGGGACUACAACAGCAGCAACAUCAAGAGGGCGAAAUUGCACUCGACCCUCUCUGCUCUUCUCCAAGACCCCUUACUCGCCGACGUCCCCAAGAGCCCCACUUUAUCCGACGUUGACACCCUCAUCAGCCUCGAAUUGGGCAGUGCCAUGCGAGUCUCCGUCCUCAAAUUAGACGGCACCAGCUUCGAUGUUGCGGUUAUGAAUUCCGCCACGGUGAAGGAAUUGAAGCUGGCUGUGAAGAGAAAAGUGAGCGAUGCGGAGCAAUCCCAGAUGGGUCAUCGUCAAAUUUCGUGGAAGCAUGUGUGGGCGAACUUUUGCCUGUCAUACAAUAAUCAGAAACUGCUUGAUGAUGAUUCCAAGCUUCAGGAUUUUGGCAUCCGAAACAAUUCUCAGGUGCAUUUUAUCCCCUACGUCAUGGCAAAGAACGCUGGAAGACAUUCGAAGAGAAAGAAGCACCGCUUCUUCCAUGGCCUGAGCAAGCGUGCCUAGAACGACCAGUGCAAUUGUUUUAUCCGGCGCUGCUGUAUUAUCAGAGACCACAUCCUCUUUAUACCUACUAUUUCUCUGAUAAUCCUCAUAUUUUCCUUGCAACUACAUUUUUUCUUUCUUGUUCAGUUAUGCUUCAGUCCUCGAGCUAGGAGCUUCCCGUUCACCAGCAACUCUGAAACUAUUCAUCUAAAAUAGAAUGCUCACUGUACAGAAUUUUUGCAUGAAUUAAUAGCUUUCAAGUUGUCCCAGUUUCA